GUAGUCAGCUGCCAGCGUUGGCAGCGUUCAGAUUUAAAGUGGGUUGUUCUUCUUUUAUAAAUUGCGUGUACUUAUAUUGUAUACUUUAUUUUCUUUUUAAGUUCUUCUUUUUUGACUUUGAAAAAAAGAAAGUUCAUUUUCACUUUCAAAAAAACAAAAAAAAAAGAACAAAAAUGAAGAACAUUUGUGAAGUGCGUCAAAUUCUAGAACCAAUACAAAUGAGUUUUGAAAUUCGAAGAUGAAUAAUGACUAGCACUUCUGUCAUAUCAAAACAAAACGCAUUAAUUGUGCAAAUGCAAUAAGUCAAUAUAUUCGUUUCAGUUAUUAAAUUGGUCUCUUAAUAACGGUGACAACAUAAAUGGUAUAUACCAAAAAAUGCUUGUUUCAAGGUAUAUCCUCAGUUUAAUGGUUUUUAUAAUUUUCGUCAAGAAUUCAUAUUCGAACACUUGUCUAACUGAAGAUAUACAACCAAAAAGGGUUGUUCAUUAUGAAGGUCAAUUAUUAAGUAUCAAUUUUGAAAUCUCACGAAGAGUGACGCAAAGGCUUGUGACGAGGGUUAUGAAAAUUUUUUUGACUGAUAUUUUGGGUUAUCCAGACGUUGCUGUAAUUGAAAAUGAAGACUUUUUUCAAACAAAUAUUACUUAUUCUAGACUAUCCGAUAAAAUGAUAGCUUCUGGAUACAGAGAAAUUCCUGAUGUUAUGGUGAAUAUGGAGGUGUGGACUCCACCUCAUCUGGAUACAAUGCCACUUUUAAAUAAAUACAAUGUGAGAGAACUGGGUUCAGUGACAUCGCCUGGUCGAUUUGGUUGGUUUAUACCAGAAACAUUAUCAAAGUUAGAUGACAAUUGGUUAACAUUUACCAAAAGAGAAUCAAUUUCGCGUUUUGUGUUGGAUGCCAAUAGCUUAAAAUUAAUCAGAAAUUAUGUCAUUAAUGACAGGACAAAAGAGUUUUACUGUCAAAUGGAAUUUUGUCAAAAUGGAAUGUAUAUUCCUAAACAAUGUCAAAUACACAAAGACGAAUCAUGUGCAACAAUUUUAGCUGAAUAUCCAGACGUUACUUUAUUUAUUAAAGAUCAUAUUGAUUUAUUAAAGUUAUAUGUACAAGUUGCAUGGGUUGGUCCAAAUUUGAAGUACUUAACAAAAUACUUGACAAAACAAUUAUCGGAAAAUAUUACCUCACUAGACAUAUCAAAUAAAUCAUUUGUUAUUUUGCAUUGGACGCCUAGUUUAAUAAUACCUAAUGAAAGAGAAUUUGUGCCUAUUGAAUUUCCACAUUGUCGAGAACACAUGGUCGUAGGUUGUGCUUAUGAAUCUAAUAAAUUGGAAAAAGUUGUAUGGGAGCAAUUGGAAAUUGUAGCAAGAUUUGCAUUUGAAGCUAUAAGUCGUGCUAAAUUUACAAGACAAAUGUAUGAGGACUUAAUAAAUCGAUAUAACAAAUUUGGAAAAUCUGCUUUAGAUGAAGAAACAAUUGCUUGUCAGUGGUUGAAGGAUAAUUUAAAUUACACACUAACAGAAUGGAAACCAAAAAUUGAGAAUAAAAAUAAUUUAGUGAUUGGUGGUAUAUUUCCCAUGACUGGUGAUUUUUAUUCUGCAAAGUCAAUUGUUAUUGCUGCAAAAAUGGCUAAAGAAGCAAUCAAUACAGAUAAUGUAGUUUUGAGAGAUUAUAAAAUUACUCUAAUGGCCGGUGAUGGUCAAUGUAAACCUGAAAUGGUAAUGAAAUCUUUCAUAGAUUAUAUAAUUCAUACAAAUUAUGAAAAAUUAAUUGGAGUACUGGGUCCAGCGUGCUCCGAAACAGUAGAACCUUUAAUUGGUAUUUCGAAACAUUAUAAAACUGUUGUCAUCAGUUAUGGAGCUGAAGGUUCAAGUUUCAGUGACAGAAGUCGAUAUCCAUAUUUUUUUCGUACAAUUGGUGAAAAUAAACAAUACAAAUAUGUGUAUUUGGCAUUAUUUAAAAAAUUUCAAUGGAAAAGAGUGGCUGCUCUAACUGAAGAUGGCCAAAAAUACACAGAAUACAUUUCUUAUAUGCAAGAUAUACUUAGGAACAAUGAUAUAAAUUUAAUUGGUAACAUCAAGUUUCCAAGAGAACGAGAACUUGAUGUUAUGACAAAGUAUUUGCAAGAACUUAAACAAAAGCGUGCUCGAAUUAUUAUUGCUGAUGUGAAUGAUCAAGUAGCUCGUCAGGUCAUGUGUGAAGCUUAUAAAUUGCAAAUGACUGGAGCCCAGGGUUAUGUAUGGUUUCUUCCCGUUUGGCUUCAUUCAAAUUGGUAUGACAUUGAUUUGCAUAAUGAAAAACUUGGAUCUAAUAUAUCAUGUUCUACAGAUGAAAUGAAAAAAGCUAUUGAUGGUCAUUUAGGCGUCUCACAUUCUUAUUAUGGCAAUGAUAAUGAUAUUAUGCAAGAAGGCAUUACUGUUGGCGAAUGGAGACGAAAGUAUGAACAACGUUGUGCUUCACAAAAUCAGCGUACAUCAGCAUAUGCGGGCUUUGCUUAUGAUGCAAUGUGGACUUAUGCUUUGGCAAUAGAUAAACUUUUAAAGGAAAAUCAGAGUUACGUGUUCGAUCUUCAUUCCGACCAUACAGUUAAUCGAUUCACUAAAAUAAUUGCUCAAACUGAUUUUCAUGGGGUAUCAGGACACAUAAAAUUUAUUGAUGGACCAUCAAGACUUUCAACGAUAAAAAUUAUUCAAAGAAUAGGCGAUGAGAUACGUGAGGUUGGAAAUUUCUAUCCAAAUGAAUCAAAAGGCUAUGGUGGUAAUUUAGAUUUAAAUAUGUCGGCGAUAGUUUGGUUAACAAGAACCAUACCUGAUGAUGGAUCUGAAGCACCAACAAAAUGUGUUCUCUCAAAUUUAGCAGAACUUUUGAAUGUUUCGUGUGAAGGUGCUAUUAUAAUAGCUAAUGUCAUUGGAUUCGGAUUUCUUGGAUUAUUUCUUGUCAUUGGUUUCAUGGUGAUCAAAAGAAGAUACGAUAAAAAGAUGCAAGUUCAGGAGAAAUAUAUGAAAUCUCUUGGUCUAGAUCUUCAACAAACAGAUUCUUCUAGUUUAUGGGAAAUACCACGCGAUCGUGUUGUGAUAAAUCGAAAAAUUGGUGAAGGCGCCUUUGGAACUGUUUACGGUGGAGAGGCAUUUUUCCCCGAAAAGGGUUGGUUGGCUGUCGCUGUUAAAACUUUAAAGGUCGGUAGUUCAACGGAAGAGAAGCUUGAUUUUCUCAGUGAGGUUGAAGUUAUGAAAAGAUUUGAUCACAAAAACAUUAUAAAAUUGCUGGCAGUUUGUGUUAAAUGUGAACCUGUACUUACUGUCAUGGAAUUUAUGCUUUAUGGUGAUUUAAAGACUUAUUUGCUAGCCCGCAGGCAUCUUGUUAAUGAUCAAAAAUAUGAAGACUCUGAUGAAAUUUCAAGUAAAAAAUUGACAGCUAUGGCUUUAGAUGUUGGUAGAGCUUUGAGUUACUUGGCUCAAUUAAAAUAUGUUCACAGAGACGUUGCUUCUCGUAAUUGCCUGAUAAAUGCUCAACGCGUGGUAAAAUUGGGAGACUUUGGAAUGACUAGGCCGAUGUACGAAAAUGAUUAUUAUAAAUUUAAUCGAAAAGGAAUGUUACCUGUUCGAUGGAUGGCACCAGAAUCUUUAGGACUUGGAAUUUUUACACCAGCUUCUGAUGUGUGGUCAUACGGUGUUCUUUUAUAUGAGAUUAUCACAUUUGGAAGUUUUCCAUUUCAAGGAUUGAGCAAUAAUCAAGUACUGGCUCAUGUGAAAGCUGGUAAUUCUUUAACAAUUCCAAAAGGUGUUAAACCACUAUUAGAAGGAUUGUUUCGAUCCUGUUGGUCGGUGGAUCAUACAAAAAGGUCCACUGCUCCAGAGAUAGUUGAAUUUUUAGCUAACAAUCCUCGUCUACUGUUUCCGUGUCUCGAUGUUCCAUUAGCAAGUGUUCAAAUAGAACACAGUGGACAAAUGCAAAUGCCACAUUUGUCUUGGCCUCAACAGAAUUCUAAUUUAUUAGAUGUCAAUGCUGAGAAUGAUUCUAAUUUACAAAUUCCUGAACAAAGUGCGGCUUCACAAGCAUCUGCACAAUUUAGUGAGGAAGAAAGUUUAAGACCACUUUUAAGACAAUUUAUUGAUUCAUCUAGAUAUACCGAGGAGGGCAAUGAUGAUACAAGAACAAAUGUGAGAUAUGUAAAUGUACAACCAGGAUUGACAAUGACUAAUAAUAAUAAUAAUAAUAUAGAUGGAGGAAUUCCAAUGACAGAAAGAGUAUCUCAAGAAACUGAAUUAGUUUGAUUAUAUAUAAACCUUUUAGAGACAAAAAGCAUUUUUAACUAUAUAGUAUAGUAAACCACACGCCAAGAAGAAUUUAUAUACGUAGAUAAUGUUAUAUUGCUGGAUUCUGUGAUUUCAAUUUUAAGAAAAAUACUGCUAUGCAUAAUUUUAGAAUUUAAGGGUAUAGAUGAAAGUUUAGUUACCUAUUUCUGUUAUUCAUUUGGUUGCACAUUUACUUCAGUUAGUUUUUUUUAAAAUCAUAUUCUGGUUAAAAUUUUAGAGAUUCGAAGCAUUCUACUUUUUAUCAUCCAAAAUUAGAUCAAAUUCAAAAUUUUCUCAUUUUUAGUUUAUUUUUAACCAGAUGAUACAUAUAAAAUAAGUCUGCUCAAUCGCUUUCUGAGACUGUUAAAUCAAACACACUCCCAUAAUUAUUACACUGGAUUGAUCGAACUGCUAUAGGGAUGAAGAAUUUUUUUAUAUUGAAAAAUAUGUUACCAAAAAUCAGUAAAGAUGGAAAAUCCCUUCAUCAAGACUCGAAUGAGCGUAUUUACACAAAUGUAACAUUUUUUUAAAAGAGUCACGGGAUGGCUCAACUCGAUUUUUGAACCAGUGACAGAAACGAACGGUGUAAAUUGCGGCUCAAUGUAUCUGUUCAAACUGCAUAAUUCAAGUAUUAGGUAGAAAAAGUACUGCCUUUAGUAUGUAAUACAAAUAUAUGUAUAUAUAUAAGUGUAUACACUAAAAGAAACGAUUUGUUGAAAAUACCAUUUAGUUAGUAAAAUAUACCACUACUAUUUUGCUAGUUCUUUUCAUGUUCAUUUGUUCAUGUUAAAUUUUAAUUGAAUCAUAUACAUAUAUCAUAAAAUAGUCAUACGUAGAGAGAAAUAUUCAUUAAUUUUUUUUUUUUGAAGAGAAUUCUGUGAAUACAUACUGUGCUUCAUUUUAAAAGAAGCACAUUUUGUUGCAUAUUUUACUAAUUGAAAAUGGUAAUAGUUCCUAUAGAAUUUAGUUUUUACUCUCAGUGUAUUAUUGAAAUUUCCAGCCAACACAAUAUUUUGUUAUAAGUUUGUAGUAAGUUUACUGAGCAAAGUUUUUUGCUAAAUUUUUUAGAUGCUAAAUUUUUGUUUGGCUGAAUUUUUAUUUUACAGUCAUUUAAUUUACAUGACUUUUCGUUUAAAAAAAAUUUUCAUUUAAGUGAAUUUUAAUUUAACGGAAUUCUCAUUUAAUUGAAUUUUAUGUUAUUCGAAUUUUGAAAUGACAGAAACACCAAUUCACCGAAUUUUUAAUUUGUCCAAAUUUUUUGAUGGAUAUAAUUUUGAAGACGCUGAAUAUUCAUUUGUCCGAAAUUACAAUGGCCGAAUAAACAAUCGACAAAAAGAUUUCGACGCAAUUUUUAAAGUUCACUAAUUAGAAAUUAUCAAGAAAGAAUAGUGAUUGGUGAAUUUUAAAAAUAGCGCCGAAAUCUUUUUGUCGAUUGUUUGUUCGGCCAUUUGUAAUUUCGGACAAAUAAAUUCGUUCAAAUAAAAAUUCGGUGAAUUUGAAUUUCUGUUAUUUAAAAAUUCAAGACAUAUAAAAUUAGAUUGAAUGAGAAAUCUGCUAAAUUAGAAAUUGAAUUAAAUUAAAAUUCUCUUAAAUAAAAAGACAUGUAAAUUAAAUAACUAUAAAGUAAAAAUUCUGCCAAUCAAAAAUUUGGUAUCUAAAAAUUUUCUUUAGUAAAAAUUCGUAUAAAAAGAAAUUCUAUCAAAUGCUAAUUUGAAAAAUAAAAGUUUUUCUAACAAACAAUUAUCAAGAAUAAAUUCUUUUAAAAUAAAAAUUCUAAUUAAUGAUUUUUAUAAAAUAAUUAUGCGCCCUAUAUGAAUUUGUAAAAUUUUACUAAUUCAUAGCAAAAAAUUUUUACUAGAAUAUAAUUCAAAUUUAUUAUUAUUCAUAAUGACAAACUUUUUACAAUAUAUUACAAUAAGAGCUUUGCUCAACUAACUUGUGUUUAAAUCUUUCUAAAUAUUGUGCCAGCUGAAUUUUUAUAGAAAUUUUAUUUUACCAUGACACAUCUUUCUAUAUUCUAUAUAUUCUAUACAUAUUAAAAAAUUUUUAAAUAUAU